AUGAUAAUGAAAUGGGUGGCGGUUCUCUUGAUCUCAUUGUGCACUGUAGGAACAGAAGCUUCUCCAGGAGACAGAAGUAUCUGGUAUCAAGAAUGCACACAAAUCUGUAUAAACAGAUACAACUGCUCCAGAACAUUUGGAACAUUCGACUGGGUUCGUGGAGAUUGUUUUUGGUGUCGAUACGAAUGUAUGUGGGAGACAACGGAACAUUUUGAGAGUAACUUCGGAAAUGUUCCACAAUUCCACGGAAAAUGGCCGUUCCUUGCCAUUCCUCUCCCCUUCGGAUUCAUCAUUCAGGAGCCCGCCUCCGUCAUUUUCUCACUUCUCAAUCUCUUCACUGUAUAUAAAAUGCUUCAACGAUUCAAACGAAUGAAGGAUCUUCCGAAUCGAACAAUGUGGCUUAUCUAUGCUCAUGUUGGAAUGUUCACCUGGAUUUCUUCAACUCUUUUCCAUAUGUUCGAUUGUGAUAUCACCGAGAAAAUGGACUAUUUCGGAGCUUACACCUUCGUCCUAUCGGCCUUCUAUGUCUCAUUAGUGUUCACAAGUCCUCAAUUACAGUAUUCGCUAAUAGGAAGAAGGCUCAUCAAACUGAUGCAACUAUUGUUUAUCGGAGUAUUCUUGAAACAUUUCAAAGAUAUGGCGACCCACUUCGACUAUGGUUACAACAUGUUCUGUUGCAUAGCAUUCUCUCUCUGCGCCACCGCUCUCUACGCCCAUCAUCUCUAUAGAAGAAAAAUAAAUCUCGGUUCACUCCAAGAGCCAGAUAUUCUCCUCAUGCGACUCAUAAUUUGGGCGAAUCUCGCUACUGGCCUGGAACUAUUGGAUUUUGUUCCAGUCUUUUGGAUUUUCGAUUCCCACUCGCUGUUCCAUCUGGCAACUAUUCCGAUUCCAAUCUGGUGGGCUGACUUCUUGGAUAUCACGUAUGACUUGGAUUCAACUGUCGAUAGAAAAUCAACGAUUCUGAAGAUAGCUUAA